UGCCCACGUCUGCUGAUCUUAUAUAAAUUAACAUUAGUGUUGCAGACAUAUUCAACAUACCAAUGGAAACCUCAUUCUACCACUACAUUUUGCUCUUCACCAUUCUCCUUUUCUUCAAAAACUAUUUGCAGAAAUAUAACAAAAGACUCCCACCAAGCCCUGGUUUCUCUUUGCCCAUCAUAGGCCAUCUCCACCUCAUCAAGAAACCCCUCCACAGAACACUUGCCAAACUAUCCGAAAAAUACGGUCCAGUUUUGUACAUCCAAUUCGGAUCGCGCCCCGUCAUUGUUGUGUCCUCUCCCUCCGCUGCCGAGGAAUGCUUCACCAAAAACGACGUCAAUUUUGCCAACCGUCCCGGGCUGCUAGCUGGAAAACACCUUGGAUACAACUACACCACCCUUGUUUGGGCCUCUUACGGCACUCACUGGCGCAACAUGAGACGCAUAGCUUCGAUUGAACUGUUGUCAUCUCACCGCCUUCAGAUGUUUUAUGGCAUCCGUGUGGAAGAAGUCAGGUCACUGCUUAGCCGGCUUUUUCGAGGUUCCAAACCUGGUGAGUUUCGGAUUUUAGACAUGAAGUCAACGUUUUUUGAGCUGACUCUUAAUGUUUUGAUGAGGAUGAUUGCUGGAAAGCGGUAUUAUGGGGAACAAACGGAGAAAUCAGAGGAAGCUCAGUUGUUCAAAGAGAUGGUCAUAGAGACAUUCGAGUUGAGUGGGGCUACUAAUAUUGGAGAUUUCAUGCCGGUUCUGAAGCAUUUGGGAGUAACGGUGCUUGAGAAGAAGUUGGUGUUAUUGCAAAAGAAGAAGGAUGAGUUCAUGCAAAAUUUGAUUGAAGAACAUAGAAAAUUGCAGAGGGGCUCUGUUUCUGAACAGAGGAGCAAGUCCAUGGUGGAUGUCUUGCUUGAUCUGCAAGAAACUGAUCCCGAGUAUUAUAGCAAUGAAAUCGUAAGAGGCAUGAUACAAGUGAUGCUAUCGGCAGGGACAGAAACCUCAGCUGGAACAAUGGAAUGCGCUCUGUCACUCUUGCUCAACCACCCUGAAACCCUAGCCAAAGCCCAAACUGAAAUCGACAUCCAAAUCGGAGAAAGCAGGCUGCUUGAGGAGUCAGACUUUCCCAAGCUUCCCUACCUCCAGGGCAUCAUCAACGAGACCCUGCGGAUGUACCCAGCAGACCCAUUGUUGGUGCCCCAUGAAUCAUCGGAGGAGUGCACUGUGGGAGGGUUCCGUGUUCCACGUGGCGCAAUGCUGUUGGUGAACACGUGGGCUAUACAGAACAAUCCCAAGCUGUGGGCACAGCCUAGACAAUUUAAGCCAGAGAGGUUUUUGAACGUCUGGGAAAGAGAUGGUUUUGUGUUGUUGCCAUUCGGGACCGGCAGGAGGGGGUGUCCUGGGGAAGGACUAGCAAUAAGGAUGGUUGGGCUGGCAUUAGGGUCUUUGCUUCAGUGUUUUGAGUGGGAAAGAACUGGUGAGGAAAUGGUGGACAUGAGUGAAGGGACUGGCCUCACCAUGCCUAAAGCUCACCCUUUACUUGCAAAGUGUAGGCCACGCCCAACAAUGUUUGCCCUGCUAUCUCAACUUCAAUAA